UCGCGCUUUGUGAUGCCAUCAGUGUGGUGACGUUUUCAGGACUAAGGACCUGUCCGAGUGACGACGGGUCGAUCAUUUUCAUACAAAAGUUUAUAUUUUUUAUCGAUUGAUAUCGGUGAUAGUUUGAUUCAACUUGAAAAUGGAUUAUCAGCAGUUGGCACCGCCGGCGCCACUGCCGCCAGCAGCCACAAUGCAACUGCCGCAUGUGCACAUGCUGCAGCAGCAACAGCAACAUAUGCAACAACAAAUGCAGCAGCUAACUGCUGUUAACAACAAUCAACAUCAAAGUCUGCCCCCUGUACAUUUUAACGAAUCAGAUCCUAGAUGGAGUCAGUACCAGCAAUUUCUGAGGCAACACCACCACACAUUUGUCAACAACAAUAAUACGAUAGGAAUCGUAAACGGUAAAUCUUCAGCUAACAGCACAGGCAGCAGCAAAGGCGAAUGUGACAGUCAUAGUGGUUCCUCAGCGAAAGAUAAGGACUCCGAUUGUUCUGAGAGCGGGCUUUGGGGCAAUGUGGAGGCGCAGGCCGCCUUCCUGGGGCCUAAUAUAUGGGAUAAGACAUUACCCUAUGAUGCUGAUCUCAAGUAUGUGGAUCUAGAUGAGUUCCUUUCUGAGAAUGGAAUCCCUGUGGAUGGAAUGGGUCACAGCGGUGGAUUGGGGUCCAUGAGCCACUUAGGUGGCUUAGGAGGAUCUCAUAGGUCUGAGGCUUUAGGUCACCCUUUGAGUGGUAUGCCAACACAUCUAACAAAGAUUGAAAGAUCACCUUCACCUUCCGAAUGCAUGAGCCCGGAUACUAUGAAUCCUGCUUCUCCAGCUGAUUCAACAUUCUCAAUGGCUUCUUCUGGGCGAGAUUUUGAUCCUCGAACACGGGCUUUUUCGGAUGAAGAACUAAAGCCUCAACCUAUGAUCAAGAAAAGUAGAAAGCAGGUACAGGCGAGCACAAGUGACUUUGUACCUGAUAAUUUGAAGGAUGAUAAGUAUUGGGCUAGGAGGAGAAAGAAUAACAUGGCAGCCAAGCGAUCUCGAGAUGCUCGACGCAUGAAAGAAAAUCAAAUAGCCUUACGUGCAGGAUACUUGGAGAAGGAGAAUAUUGGUCUUCGCCAAGAGCUUGAGCGAAUGAAGAAAGAAAACAUGAUGCUACGAGAUAAAUUAUCAAAAUUCACAGAUGUUUAAUAUGUAAAUAAAUUUGCUUUAAAAAAGCACAUUUAACAAGAAUUAUCAAUGAUCAUCAAUUUUGUUUACAUUUAUAUGAAAUGUUUUUAUUAUUUUUACUGUAGUUUUUGACAAAAAGUUUAUUUAAUUAUGUUCAAGAUUAACUUGAUUUAUAUUUUGUUUAUAGUUAUAUUUUUAUCUUGUUUAUACAUAUUUUAUUUGGUUGUGGAUUCUUUAUUUCUCAUUUUUUUGUGAAAUAAGCUGUAAUCUGAUUGUACUGUACAUAUUUAGUUAAUAUAUAUUAUAGCUUCUAAAAUAAUUCACUCACGAUGUUUAUUUUGUCUCAACAGUCAAAAUAAAUACUGAUUUUUUUUUUAAAUGUAAAAGAUCAAUAAUCAAUGAAGCAAAGAUUUUAUAAACAUCUUUGCUAAAUUUUUAUGUAAUUGAAUUAUUUUUCAUGCUAUAUAUAAUUUAUAUUGGUAGUUAAUUAUUAGAGAUUUUCUAAAAAAAAAUGAUCUAAAAUUUGGAAUAGAACAAAUUUUUCAUGGCGGCCUAAAUUGUACAUCUAAUUUGUGUUCAAAAACUUGAUGGUUUAGAUACAUAUACCUUAAUUGAUUAUGCUUGCAGUUAUUUUGUAUAUAAUAUAGUCAUACACAUCUUGUGCAAUAAAAAAAGUAUAUAUUCAGAAUGAUUUAAAUUUUCAAGUAGAUGAUAGUUUCAUUUUUGUUAGUUACCAAUUAGAAUGUUAAAAAUGUAAUAAUUAUAACAGAUAUAUAGUAUACAACAAAAAUUGUAAUUACCAUGAUCAUUAAUGUUUACAGUUGUAGAUAAUAAGUGUAAUUGUUAUGAAAUUUAAGAAGAUAUAAGAACACAUUU